AUGGUGGCGGCUGCGGGCGGCGGCGAUGGUUCCUCACCAUUCAUGACGGUUAUUGGGAAACGGCACGACACACACGACAGAAAACGGAAUGCAAAGAAGGGGCGACUUGGUGGGUUUGGACAUUGGCGGCUGAGAGUUCGGUUGAUAUUGCAGCUUUUUUCCCCCGGCGGCGGCAGCGGCGACGUUCGCCGUUUCAGCGCGCGGUGUCGCUACCUUUACUACGAGUGCCAUGGAAAUGAAGAUUAUGCGACAAUGAGCGAUCCCAAAUACUUGUGCAUGUUUAGCACCUAUGGAGUGAACGAUGUUGUGGGCGUGGCAUAG